AUGUCGCACGCACCUCGACAUUCUUUGUUUCUUGCGUCGGGGGCCAAGACGAGAGAUGCGCGUUUCACUUUUACCAAGGACACAGUCAUGGCUUCAGACACCAAAGCAUUGAAACGACCGAGGGGCGGAAAUUCGUCAGAAGAGAACGCAGGAGUGGAUCGCAUUGACACCGUCACUGAGCCAAAAUCCAAAAAGGCCCGCGUCGAAGCCAAUCGCUCCCUUUUCGUCCGCUCCCUCCCCCACGAUGUCACCAGCGAAGAUCUAGCAAACUUCUUCUCCGAGCACUUUCCCGUUAAGCAUGCCACGGUGGUGGUCGAUUCCUCUACAAAGGCGUCUCGAGGCUUUGGAUUCGUUACCCUCACGGACCCCGAGGAUGCUUUGGAGGCGAAGAAGAAGCUGAACGACGAAAUCUGGAAUGGCCGUCGCAUCGUCAUCGACUUCGCCGAGUCGAGACAUCGAAACGAGCAUGGAGGCGCUGCAAAAAAAGAUACUUCUUCUUCCGCUGUUCCGCCAGCAAAGUCGAAGUCCCGCGCCAUUGAGGACGCAUGGAAGUCGCCGAAACUGAUCAUUCGCAAUCUGCCCUGGAGCGUCAAUACGCCGGAGAAACUGACGGCCUUGUUUCAGAGCUAUGGCAAGAUCAAGUUUGCCGAUUUGCCGAUGAAGCAAGGCCGUCUCAGGGGGUUUGGCUUCAUCACCAUUCGCGGACAGAAAAACGCCGAGAACGCCAUCAGCGGCGUCAACGGGAAAGUCAUAGACGGAAGGACACUUGCAGUGGACUGGGCAGUCGACAAGGAGGAAUGGGACCAACAGCAAGACGGAGAUGGCGCCAAACCGUCCAAGGAGGCCAACCCUCCCCAAGAGAAGACGCCGGAGAAGACGCAAAAAACCCCUGCUUCAGCGGCUGCCGGCAGCGCCCCGGAGGACGACGACGAACAACUGCGAGCAGAUUUGGAGAACUUCAUGCAGAACCACAUGGUUAAUCUUGAAGAAGAAAAAGAUGACAGCGACAAGGAAGAUGAGGCCGGACCCGACUCCUCUUCCGACGAGGAUGAUGAGGAGGAUAUGGAAGACGAAAGCGAUGGUUCCGAGUCCGAAGGCGACGAUGAAGAUGGCGGCAAAUCGCGAGCCAAUGACAACGAUAAACACAAAAAUUCCACUGUUUUCAUCCGCAACCUCCCUUUCACGACAACGGAUGAGCAGCUGAAAGACCAUUUCCUCAAGUUCGGCCCCGUCAGGUACGCCCGAGUCGUCAAGGACCGGGCAACGGACCGGCCUGCUGGCACAGGCUUCGUCUGCUUCGUCGACGAGGAGCAUUCCAAGGCCUGCGUAAAGAAUUCCCCUCGUCCCCAAGCCAACCCUUUGAUCGCGAAAAGGUCCGUGUUGCAGGACGAGGACGGCGAUCCGACCGGCAAGUACACUCUGGAGGGGAGGAUACUACAGGUCGCGCAAGCCGUCACCAAGGACGAUGCCGAACGUUUGGCUUCCACCGCUGGAAGUAAGCGGCGGGCCAACGACAAGCGCAGGUUGUUUCUGCUUGAGGAAGGGCAGCUUGACACCAGGUCGCCCCUCUACCAAAUCCUGAGCCAGGCGGAGAUCAAGAUGAGGGACCAAAGCAGGACCCAGCGGAAAAAGCUGGUCGAGCGCAACCCGAGCCUGCACAUCAGUCUGACUCGCCUAGCGGUCCGGAACGUUCCAUUCAACCUAACCUCCAAGGAUCUGAAGCAACUGGCUCGUCAGGCCUGCGUCGGCUUCGCCAAGGACGUCCGCGAAGGUCUGCGGGAGCCACUCUCGAAAGAGGAGAAAGCCAGGUCGCUCGCCGAGACCAAAGAAGCCGAACACCAACGGAAGCUCAAGCGCAAGGGAAUCGUCAGCCAAGCCAAGAUCGUCUUCGAAAGCAAGGACGGGUCCAAAGUCAGCGAGUCGGCCGGCGGCAAGAGCCGCGGCUACGGCUUCAUCGAGUACUCGUCCCACCGCUGGGCGCUCAUGGGCCUCAGAUGGCUGAACGGCCACGAGCUCCAAAACGACCAGGGAAAGAAGCAGCGUCUUAUCGUCGAGUUCGCCAUUGAAAACGCCCAGGUGGUGGCGAGGCGCAGGGCCCAGGACGGAGCGAAGAGCAACCCGAAGCCCAAGCAGGGAGCCGAGAAGGGUCAAGAGCAGGAACCAUCCGCCGCCCCGGAGACGGGGAAGAAGGGCUCCAAGUCCAAAUCUGCUCCGAGGAGACCUAGUCAGAAAUCGAGCAAGAAGUUUGCGCUCAAGACGGGGAAGAAGCCGGACACGCCCAAGGAGCCCGCGAAGACCGAAAACACUUCGUCCAAGUCGGGCGCCAAAGACGGAAGUGAAGACAUCAAGCAAAAGCUUAUUGCGAGGAAACGCUUGAUGCGGAAGAAGAAAGCCCAGUCUCGCAACAAGGGCAAGGCUUGA